AUGUCACUUUUCCGUGUAUUCAAUAAUAGCAAUAAAGAGAAAACACGUAAUCGUAGUCAAAGUAGAAAUCGUUCUGAAAUUCAUUUCGGUGUACAACAAUGGCCAUACUAUCGAGAUUUAGCUAUUCAAUCGGGUCAUUGUACAAUAUCAUCUGAACUUGCAUCACUUCGUCAUUCUCGUCUUCAUCGUUCACUUUAUAAUCUUAUUUAUACUCCAAAUGAUGAACUUAAUUAUUUUAUUCUUUAUAUGGAAUCAUGUUCAUUAUCAUCAUAUUUAAAAUUUAUUCUUGAUGUUCAUGCAUAUGAAAAAGUAGCUCGAGAAAAUUUAUCAAAUAAAUAUAAUGAUCAACAAUUAGCAGCAUUAACUUUAUUUCAUCGAUAUUUAUCAAUUGAUGCUAAAUAUUUAAUUCCAAUUGAUGAUGAAAUUCGACGAAUAACUCUUUCCUUAAUUUGUCCAUCAAGUAAUAGUACAAAAUCAGAUCCAGAUUGUUUUCAAAUGGCAAGAGAAUAUGUAUGGAAAUUAAUUGAAGAAAAUGCAUAUCCUGCUUAUUUAUUAAGUGCAUUUCAUACAAAUUAUCAACUUAAAAUGUUAACUAGCCAUCAAUUACAAUUACAUGAUAUUAUUUAUAAUAUUUCAUCAUUAUCAUAUUUUAUGGAGUUUGCAGAACAAGAAAAAAUUCUAGAUUUAGUUCGUUUUUGGCUUGAUGUUGAACAUUUUUAUCAAAGUUUAAUUAAUCGAAUGGUGGAUAAUCAAACAUUAGUUGAAAAUGCUUUAGCUAUUUAUGAUCAAUAUAUAUCAUUACAAGCACCAUUACGAUUAGGUUUUGAUGAUGCUAUUCGUGCACGAAUUGAAUGUAGUAUUUGUCAACCAGAUAUGGAUGCUGGUCCAUCAAGUGAUACAUUUGAUCAAACUGCAUGGAUUGUUUAUGUUAUAUUACAACGUGAAUAUUUUCCUCGAUUUUUACAAAGUGUUAUUUUUUAUCGACAUAUUAGUGAUCUUAUGUUAAAAUUACGUCAUGAAGAUGCAGUACUUACAUCACGACCAGUAAAAACAAUUGAACCUGAUACAACAUCAAUUAAUUCGGAUAAUGUAAUACAAUCAUCACCUCAACCAGUAGCUGCAACUACACAAUUAAAUCGACAAAGAAAUCCUAGUGUGUCAUCAUCUAAUACAAGUCUUAGUCAAGAACUUGCAAUUAAAUCAAAAGGAAAAUUUUCUAUGGGUUAUGUUGAUCCAUUAGGACGUUUUAUUCGUGAUCCCGAUGUUGAUUCUCUUGAUUAUAUUUCAUCUUCAAAUCGUAAAACAAUUUCAAAUCCAAUUCAAUUUUUAACAAAUUUAGUUCGUCAUGAUCAAGAUGAACUUGCAACUGAAGAAGCAGCAGCUCGAUUUGCUGAAUCAUUUAUUAACGAAAUAACUAGUAUGACUGCAAAUUUAGAUAAUACAUAA